GGAAAAUCCUACUCCAGUUGUGGAUGAGAGGGAUAUAGUGUCAGCUAAAAAACAGAGGCCAAAUAUGUAUAACUGGAAUGGUGACUGGAGCUUUUGGAUUUCAAGUUCCACCUAUAAAGACAGGAAUGAAGAGUAAAAGACAGUUCUCAUAUCUGCCUGAUACAGAGAAGCUGAUAGCAGAGCUUGACCAGACAGGAAUUCUGGCAGCUGCUCCAGGAGAACUAUGGCACUGAGCUAGGCUUAAAUGCUGAAGAGAUGGAGAACUUGUCCCUGUCAAUUGAGGAUACUGUGCAGCCAAGAAGUCCAGGAAGAAGCAGCCUGGAUGACUGUGGGGAGAGAGAUGAAAAAUUAUCCAAGUCAAUCAGUUUUACCCGUGAAUCAAUUAGUCGGGUUUCAGAAUCAGAGUCAAUUGAAGGAAAUUCACCAAAAGGGGGGUUAAGGAAAGAGGAACCCCAAAAAGAGAAACAGAUCAAAAGUCCUUCACUAACUUCAGAAAGGAGGUUAAGUAGACGGUCAUCAAAAUCACUGGACUUGAAUAAAAAUGAGUAUCUUUCUCUGGACAAAAGCAGCACUUCAGAUUCUGUUGAUGAAGAAAACAUUCUUGAGAAAGACCUUCAUGGAAGACUUUAUAUCAACCGUGUGUUUCAUAUCAGUGCUGAAAGAAUGUUUGAAUUGCUGUUCACCAGUUCACGCUUUAUGCAGAGAUUUUCUAAUUCUAGAAAUAUAAUAGAUGUAGUAUCUACCCCUUGGAAUGUGGAACCUGGAGGGGACCAGCUGAGAACCAUGACUUACACUAUAGUCCUUAACAAUCCACUAACUGGAAAGUGUACCACGGCCACUGAGAAGCAGAGACUGUAUAAAGAAAGUCGGGAAGCACAGUUUUAUUUGGUAGAUGCAGAAGUGCUGACACAUGAUGUCCCCUACCAUGAUUACUUCUAUACUCUCAACAGAUACUGUAUCAUCCGAUCUUCAAAGCAGAAAUGCCGACUGAGAGUUUCAACAGAUUUGAAAUAUAAAAAACAACCAUGGGCUAUUAUCAAAUCUUUAAUUGAGAAGAAUUCCUGGAGUUCGCUGGCAGAUUAUUUCAAACAGCUUGAAUCAGAUUUGUUAAUGGAAGAAUCUGUGGUAAAUCAGUCCAUGGAAGACCCUGGAAAACUUACUGGCCUGCGAAGGAGAAGGCGAACAUUCAACAGAACAGCGGAAACAGCUCCUAAGCUUUCUUCUCAGCGUCCUUCUGGAGACAUGAGUUUAGAGGCCAAAGGGGAUAUUACAGGAAAGAAAAAGGAAAUUGAAAGCUGUAACACUGUCCUUAUUGUGGUGAUGAGUAUUUUUUUGCUGUUGCUAGUUUUGCUGAAUGUGAUGCUGUUUCUGAAGUUGUCAAAGAUAGAAUAUGCUGCUCAGUCCUUUUACCGUCUUCAUCUCCAAGAAGAGAAAUCUUUAAAUUUAGCCUCUGAUAUGGUGUCAAGAGAGGAAGCUGUUCAAAAGAGCAAAGGCCAGGCCCAUCGCUUAAAAGGAGUGCUCCGGGACUCCAUCGUGAUGCUGGAACAGUUGAAGAGCUCACUCAUUAUGCUUCAGAGAACCUUUGAUCUCCUAAAGUCAUCCAAGUCACAUGGGAUUGCUAAAGAUUUUGCGAUGCCCACAGAGAAAGAAAAGUAUUGA